GCUCUAGCAUGCAGUAACAAUUAGCUAGCUUUAGUGCUUGAAGCCUAUUGGAGGAAGGAAAGGAGAGAUGAGAAUCCAUGAAUGGUUCCUUGAGUUUUAAUUUGUGCAAUUUUCAUAAAAAUUUAAUAUUAUAUUUUAUGUAAAUUUAUACAAACUUAAAUCCAAAUCCAAACAAAUCAAUAAUAUUGUUUUAAAAGCUGUAACCGCCGAACUGCAGUUCUAGUAUUUUCCGGCAGGGCAGGGUUGUCAAUUACAGCUGGUUCUUCAUUGUCAUUUCUCACCGACAAGUUCGUGCCAUGACUUAUAUUCUCUCUCUCUCUCUCUCUCUCUCUCUGCGCGCAUUGAUUACUGAGUGACGAUGAAUGAGCUCUUCCACCGUGAAGUCUGUCAAAUUUUGUAACUGUACAUUGCAUCGCGAUCGGAGAGCAAUAGUGCAUCUUUGGACGCCAUCACUAAAUUUUCCAGCAAAGGCCUACGCGCGUCUAGGUGUUCAUGCGGCUAAUCUAAGCCACUGAACCUGUUUCCCCGGACGGCCGAGAAUUUCUCUGAAUUGACACUGAAUCGGGUCCGGCAAUACUUAGAUGAAGAUUCGAUCGAUAUGAAGAGGUUCAAGAAGAAUUCCGACGACAAAUCAAAACCCUCCGAUCCCGGAAGUGAAGGUGUUCCUCGGGCUCCAGAGAGGACAUGUGGGCCCAACUCGUUGAAGUUGAUGGGGAUCUUGAUGGUUUGUGUGAUGGUCUUUUCAGUGAUGUUCACAGUCUCUGUUGUUCUUCGUGACCCGCCGUCUGAUAACCUUUGGGCGUUUGCAGAAGCGAGGGCUCUUGACGUGCCACCCAAUGACGGUUCAGGAUAUCAUUCAGAAGACCAUGCAUCAGAUUCUGUUGAGGCACCUAAAAAUAAGCUACUAGGUGGCCUUCUUGCUGCUGGAUUUGAUGAAGCAUCAUGUCUCAGCAGGCACGAAUCAGUUUUGUAUCGCAAAGAUGUACCCCAUAAACCAUCUUCUUAUCUACUAUCCAGGUUACGGAGUUAUGAAGCUCUCCACAAACGGUGUGGCCCCUCUACCAAAUCCUAUAACAAAUCCUUGGAACAACUCAAGUUGGGUCAGCACAUCGAUUCCCCAGAUUGUAACUAUGUGGUAUGGAUAUCUUUUAGUGGUCUAGGGAACAGGAUACUAACUCUGGCUUCAGCAUUUGUUUAUGCUUUGCUUACAAACCGAGUGUUACUUGUUGAUCCUGGAGUUGACAUGGCUGAUCUUUUCUGUGAACCAUUUCCAGAAAUUUCUUGGUUUCUAUCCUCUGAUUUCCCCCUAAACAGUCAGUUCAACCGCUUCAAUCAGAAAUCUCCUCACUGUUAUGGUAAUAUGCUCAAGAAAAGUGCAACAAUGAAUUCAACUGUGCUGCCAAUGCAGUCUUUUGUCUAUCUCCAUCUUGUCCAUGAUUAUGAUGAUAAAGAUAAGCUUUUCUUUUGUGAUCAAGAUCAACAUUUUUUCCAGAAAGUACCUUGGUUGAUUAUGAGGACAGAUAACUACUUCAUCCCAUCUCUCUUCUUGAUCCCAUCAUUUGAGCAAGAGCUCAAUAAUCUUUUCCCGGAAAAAAAUACAGUUUUCCAUUUUAUAGGCCGAUAUCUCUUUCAUCCAACAAAUGCAGUGUGGGGGCUUAUUACAAGGUACUAUCAAGCUUAUUUAGCUAAAGCGGAUGAACGAGUAGGCAUCCAGAUCAGAGUCUUUGAUACUGGGACUGGUCCAUUCCAACAUGUACUGGAUCAGAUCCUAACUUGUACCAUAAAGGAGAAGCUGCUACCAGAAGUUAACCUGCAGGAACUCACAACAAAUCUAUCUGCAAAUCAUAGGUCUAAAGCUGUUUUAAUGACAUCAUUAAGUUCUGGGUACUUUGAGAAGGUAAGGAACAUGUAUUGGGAACACGCUACUGCGACAGGGGAGGUGAUUGGAGUUUACCAGCCAAGCCAUGAAGAGUAUCAACAAACAGAGAAGCAGAUACACAACAGAAAGGCAUGGGCAGAAAUGUAUUUACUGAGUUUGACCGAUACAUUGGUUACGAGCCCAUGGUCAACUUUUGGGUAUGUGGCUCAAGGCCUUGGAGGCUUGACACCAUGGGUUCUCUAUAAGCCCGAGAAUCGCACAACUCCCAAUCCGCCUUGUCGUCGAGCCAUGUCAAUGGAACCUUGUUUCCACGCACCUCCCUUCUAUGACUGCAAGGCUAAGAGGGGGAUUGAUACAGGCGCUCUUGUUCCGCAUGUAAGGCAUUGUGAGGACAUGAGCUGGGGUCUCAAGCUUGUUGAUCAUCAUGAUGAGUUGUAAGGAUAGUUUUUCGUAUUAUUUAUGCAGAAAUCACCAUUCUUUGAAGUACUUUCCAGCUGUAAUCUAGACAUUGUAUUUUCUUUAGAGUUUAUCGGCACCUACUACGGAUUUAAGAUGAUAGUUGUUGGAAUUUGAGGCUGUCAAUAGUGAUACAUUUGCAUGUAUGAAUGUUCAUUUUGUUUUGAUUGAAAGGAGACCUUGUUUCUCUA